AAGGUGUGGCUUAGUAAUGGCAGCAUCAAAAGGAUCUACUAGCCAGUUAGUCAACUUUGCAGCCUACAAGAAGAGUCCGGACAUUUUAACAACUAGUCAUGGUCAUCCUGUAGACUGCAAGACAGCAAUACUGACAGCAGGUGCUAAAGGGCCAGUACUGUUGCAGGACUAUGUGUUUUUGGAUGAGAUGGCUCACUUUGAUAGAGAGAGAAUCCCAGAGAGGGUAGUCCAUGCAAAGGGAGCUGGUGCAUUUGGUUAUUUUGAAGUGACUCAUGACAUCACCAAUUACUGUAAAGCUAAAGUCUUCAAUAAAAUUGGCAAGAGAACUCCAAUUGCUGUUCGUUUCUCAACUGUGGGUGGUGAGUCAGGUAGUGCUGAUACAGUGAGGGAUCCAAGAGGAUUUGCUGUCAAGUUUUAUACUGAGGAUGGUAAUUGGGAUCUUGUUGGUAAUAAUACACCAAUAUUCUUUAUAAGGGACCCUAUACUAUUUCCUAGCUUUAUACAUACUCAAAAGAGAAAUCCAUCUACACACCUUAAGGAUCCUGAUAUGUUCUGGGACUUUAUUAGUCUGAGGCCUGAGACCACCCACCAGGUGUCAUUCCUCUUCUCUGAUCGUGGCAUACCUGAUGGAUACCGUCACAUGAAUGGAUACGGAUCACACACUUUCAAACUAGUCAACAAUGAAGGAGAGCCUGUUUACUGCAAGUUCCAUUACAAAACUGAUCAAGGUAUAGCUAAUCUUAGUGUUGAGAAGGCUGGCAUUCUUGCUGGCUCUGAUCCAGACUAUGCUAUCAAGGACCUUUAUGAUGCUAUUGCUGCUAAGAACUAUCCUUCAUGGACACUCUAUAUUCAAGUAAUGACAUUUGAGCAAGCAAAAGAGUUUGAAUGGAAUCCGUUUGAUCUAACUAAAAUUUGGCCACAGAAGGAGUUCCCAUUGAUUCCAGUUGGUAGGAUGGUUCUUAAUCGUAAUCCUGCUAAUUAUUUUGCUGAAGUUGAGCAGUUGGCAUUCUCCCCAGCCCACAUGGUAGCUGGCAUUGAGCCAUCACCUGAUAAAAUGUUACAGGGUCGUUUGUUUUCAUAUGAUGAUACUCAUAGGCACAGAUUGGGUCCAAAUUACCAUCAGAUACCAGUUAACUGUCCUUAUGCAACACGCACCAGGAACUAUCAACGUGAUGGACCAAUGACAGUUGAUGGUAAUCAAGGUGGAGCACCAAAUUAUUUUCCAAACAGUUUCAGUGGUCCUGUUGAUAACCCAGAAUAUACUAUAUCUCCUAUUACCUUGAGUACUUGUGAUGUUAAGAAGUAUAAUACGAGAGAUGAUGACAAUUUUUCUCAAGUAAAGAAUUUUUGGCUGAAAGUUCUAACAGUAGAAGAGCAAAGUCGUCUUGUUUUCAACAUUGCUUCACAUUUGAAAGAUGCUCAACCAUUUAUACAAUCAAGAGUUAUUAGAAAUUUUUCUUCUGUGCAUCCUGACUAUGGUAGUAGGAUAUCUGACCUUUUGCAGCAAUUUAAAAAAAAAAAGCAAGUAUCAUCAAAUUUGUGAUUCUAAUUAUAUAUAUAUAUAUAUAUACUGCUGACAAUAGGACUGUUUUUGAUUGUUUGCAAUUGAUAUCAAUUUUUGCUAAAAAAUUUGUAGUAGACUGUUAA